AUAUGAACAAUUCAGUCUUAUUAUUGUUAUUGCAAUUGCCAAAGCCACCGAUCGGUCGUACCCUUAGCAAUUAAGUUCGUUGCGAGCGACAAGUACUAAUCUCCGUUCCGGCAUUAAGAAGUUCAAAGGCCGUUGUUUCCGUCUUCAACUUAGGGCGGAAUAGUCGCGUCAUGCUUUGAGAUUGGAAUAAUGGCUCCUUGAUCUGCGGAUAUGCCACACCAAUAGUUGCCUGAUAUUAACGCAAGGUAACCAAGUUCAAUCUCCGGGUGUUCGCGCGUAUUCGGAUUUAUGAUUAUCGGACGUUUCAACAUGACAUUUGGAAUACAAGUAUUGGCCAUCAUAUCAAUUCACUAUUCCGGAAUAACGCUAUGACUCCACCUCUCAUCACCCUCGAGGAGCACUACACCUCGCCCAAGGUGAAGGAAUCCAGCGACGAGGCACGCUCCCACUACUCCCACUUCCCUCCACAUACUCUUGCAAAACUAGAUCAUCUGGGCGAAAACCGCAUCCAGGACCUUGAUAAUGGCAAAGUAUCUUUGCAAGUCAUUUCCCAUGGCCCCGGUGAUAUCUCACCAUCUCUAUGCACCGUUGUCAAUGAUGACCUCGCCGCUGCCGUUUCUCAGCAUCCCACCCGCCUCGCAGCCUUCGCGAUGCUCCCCAUGAGUGAACCCAUUGCUGCCGCCAAGGAGCUAGAGCGUGCUGUGAAAACCCUGGGCUUCGUUGGCGCUUUAAUCGAGAAUCACCUCAACGGGACAUUCUACGAUCACGAGCGCUUCUGGCCUGUGUUUGAGAAAGCCCAGGAACUAGAUGUGCCCAUCUACAUCCAUCCGACAUUCGCGUCUGACUCCAUGAUGGAACAUUACAAGGGGAACUAUGACGAUUCGGUAGCUCUAGCUCUGAGCGCUUUCGGCUGGGGCUGGCACCACGAGACUGGUCUUCAUGUUCUACGACUGUAUGCCAGCGGCCUCUUCGAACGCUUCCCGCGCUUGAAACUCGUCAUCGGGCAUAUGGGCGAGCUAUUGCCAUUCCAGUUCGACCGCGUCUGCAACGUCACCGCUAGAUGGGCGAAGAAGCGGAGCCUUCAGGAUGUGUGGGAAAAGAAUAUCUGGAUUACCACCAGUGGCAUGUUUUCGUUGCCUCCACUAGAAUGUCUUUUGAAAACGAUGCCUAUUGAGCAUGUCCUAUAUAGCGUCGAUUAUCCCUUUUCAACUAAUGAGAAGGGAUUGCAGUUCAUUGAGGAGAUCGAGAAGAGUGGAUUGCUCACGGGCGAGAAAUUGAAGUUGUUUGCGUAUCAAAAUGCGGAGAACUUGUUGCGUGUCAAAGCGAAAAGUUUAUAGAUGACCAGCCAUAACUUGUCUGGUUUGUUUUAGAUAGAGGGUGCUUUGAAUGCAAGAAUAAUGAAUUAUGAUAUAAA